AUGCUGAGGCGACCUAGAGGACCCCAAAUUACUCUCAACCGUACACUCCCUCUUCACUCCCUCUCCCACUCCUCAACCCCCCACAUCUCCCCUUACCCCGUCCCCAUGGAAUCUCUCCACCAAGGCUACGGCUUCAUCCUCUACACCCACACCUCGACCGGCGCCCAUUCAGGCAUCAUCCACCCCGGCGACCGCCCCCGUGACCGCGUCCUCAUUUACAAAAACCGGGCCCGAAUCGGUGUCCUCGACAGCCAAUACCAACACCCCCCCAACAUCAGCAUCGACUUGAAAAUCGGAGAUGAAUUGGCGUUGCUCGUGGAGAAUCUCGGACGAGUGGAUUACUACUCGCGGGGGAAUUCCUACGAAGAUCGUCUGAGACAGCCGGAGAAAGGGAUCGUGGGGAACGUCACGGUGGGGGGUGGUGGUGGGGGGCAAGUUCUGGAGAAUUGGAAGGUGUAUACGAUUCCUUUGAAAGAGCUUCCUUCACCUUCGUAUUCAGAGGACGAGGACGUCGUCACGACUUCCUCCGAACCCCGUUUCUACCACGGCACCUUCAGCACCCCAAAGUCAUAUUCAUCAUCUCCCGCGGCGCUGGAUACGUAUCUCUCCCUCCCUUCGGCAGUCAAAGGACAAGUUUUUGUCAACGGGUUUAAUCUUGGUCGAUAUUGGACUGUCGGACCUCAGCAAUCUUUGUAUUUGCCUGGGACGUUGUUGAAAGAGGAGGAGGAGGGGGUGAAUGAUGUGGUUGUGUUGGAGUUGGAGCCGGAUCGUAUGAAUGGGAUGGAAAUGGUGGGUGAGGGGUUGGGGGAGAGGAAGUGGUUUAAUUCUGUAGGCAUCGAAAUGGUUGGUGCAGAGAAAAAAAAGCCUUUGAUGCGGAUGGGUAUCUUUUGA